AUGGCAGCUACUAGUUUCUCCUUGCCGACAUUCCCGUCAUUCGAUGUCCAUGCCGACGGAAAUACUGGUCAUCGCUGGAAAAAAUGGCUAGGCCGCUUUGAACGGUUGCUUGUGGCGAUGAAUAUUACCGACAAAAAACAACAACGUGCGAUGCUAUUACAUUUCGCCGGACCGGCUGUUGACGAAAUUUUUGACACCCUUUCAGACACUGGCGAAGCAAAAGACUAGGACAAAGCGAUAGAAGCACUCAAUGCCUAUUUUAUUCCGCACGUAAACACGGCGUUUGAAGAAUAUAAUUUCCGCCAAGCGAAGCAAAACCAAAGCGAAAUCCUAGAUGCCUUUCAUACACGUUUACGUCAGCUAUCGCAAAAUUGCUCGUUUACAGAUGUCGAUAAAGAGAUAAAGAACCAAAUAAUCGUUGGUUGCUCAUCACAGAAACUUCGAAGAAAGGCUCUACGUGAAGACCCGACCUUAAAGAACCUUUUAGACGCGGGGAGAGCCGAAGAAACGAGUCAAAUACAAGCGCAAUUCGUGGAGAAACAAGAGUCAAGUCAAAAUAUCAACGCCAUUAAGACGGGCGCUCUCGAGAAACAUAACCCCUCGCCUCGCGACAUGAGAAAACCACAAAAUCAACGUCACGGCUCAAAUUAUCAAAGAAAUUUCAACAAACCCCCCACAUCAACUUGCCGCAACUGUGGUGGUAUCUACCCCCAUGCCCGAGAUUGUCCAGCCAAAGGAAAAGAAUGCCAUUCCUGUAAAAAAACUGGCCAUUUUGCAAAGGUAUGCCGAUCGACCCCUAAACACAAACCUCACGAACACCGGAACAGAGUCAACAACCUUUCUGAACAACCGAGCACUAGCCCUCAUGAUGUCGACCCUGAUUACAUUUUCACUUUGAAAAACAAUUCGAACAGCAAAACCCAACCCCCCAAAUGCCAAGAUUCGGCGUUUAGAAGCCCUCGAUAUCAUUGAGCAAGUUGAUGGUCCGACACCAUGGGUCAGCCCAAUCGUUGUGGUACCCAAGAAAUCUGGAGAGAUCCGAUUAUGUGUGGACAUGCGUGAAGCGAAUAAAGCAGUGCAAAGAGAAAAACACCCCAUGCCAACUGUCGACGAGUUAAUCACAGACCUCAAUGGUGCCAUAGUGUUUAGCACCCUAGAUCUUGCCUCAGGUUACCACCAACUGGAGUUACACCCUGAAUCCCGCCAUAUCACAACCUUUACCACUCACGUUGGACUUCGACGUUACAAGCGACUAAUGUUCGGCAUUAACGCAGCCUCGGAGAUAUUUCAGAAUGCAAUUGCAAACCUACUGGUUGUAAGAAUAUUUCGGACGGACAUCAUCGUCUAUGGUCGAGAUGACAAAGAACAUGAUGAGAACUUACGAGGCGUGUUAAACCGCUUACAAGACAACAACGCCAAAUUAAACGGUGAGAAAUGUUCCUUCCGUCAGCACCAAGUAGUAUUCUUUGAGCACACAUUCAGCGCAAGUGAAGUUCAGGCAGACCCAAAGAAGAUCGACAUCAUCCGGAAUAUGCAACCUCCAAGAAAUGUCAGCGAAGUCAAGUCCCUUCUCGGAAUGACCCAGUACGUAUCUCACAACACCCUUGCGUACCCUGACCCACCAGAACGCCAAAUGGCAAUGGCAAGCGGAACAAGAGAAUGCUCUGAAAAAACUUCAACACGAGCUUACGAAUGA